AUGGGCUCCGAAAGCGCUCCGAGGGUGUCUUAUAUCUGGUCUCAAGAACUUCAAGAUGUUUCCGACGAUCUUCCUUCCAAUAUCGGUCGAUCAAGUAUGGUCCAUGGCUUGAUUCGAGCCUUGGAUCUCCUCGAUAUUGAAGCCACGUCGGUGGACGGGAACGAUGAUUUGGAAAACGGAGAGUGUAGUAGGAAAGCCACUGUGGUUGCACCUGAUGAGAGUCUGGGUAUGGAGGAUUGUUUAUUGAAAUACCAUGACAAAGCUUAUGUCGAUGCUUUGAUGACUAGUAGAGCCACAUCACCACCAGCUCGUGAUCCUACUGCACCACGAUCUCCUACUUUGAAAGAAAGAGAACGUCCCACGAAGAGAGCACGAACCAACAAAGAAUCAAGAUCGAAUUCGAAUGAACAUCUUGACGGAUUCAAUCUAUCACAUGAUAACCCAAUAUUCCCAUCUUUACCUCGAUAUAUAUCCAUGAUAGCUUCAUCAACAUCCACGGCAUGUAAACUGUUGGUGGAAGAUAAGAGUGAUUUCGUCAUUUGUUGGGACGGUGGAAGACAUCAUGCCAAGAAAUCUCAAGCGGGUGGUUUCUGUUAUGUGAAUGACUUAGUUUUGGGUUUAUUACUAAUAUCAAAGGAAGGAAAAAUACCUCUCACAUCAUCAUCGUCUUCAUCUCCUACUCCCUCAUCAUCGAUUGGUCAAGAUGAGAAUCAAGGUGUAAGCCAAGCUGUAGAACAAAGUCAAGAUCAAGUUCACACUCAAAGCAAAAAGAGAAAGAGGACCGUCAGCACGAGGUCACCUAGAAUACUAUAUUUAGAUUUAGAUUUACACUAUUCAGAUGGAGUCUCAUCUGCAUUUCAUUCUACCAAAACGUAUCCGGAUCCAGCCACAAGAACAACAACAACAACGUCAACAUCAGCGUCAAAGCCGACAAACCCACCGAUCAAACCACCUUCUGUACUGACAUUUUCAAUCCAUCAUUCUUCCACGGGGUUUUAUCCACCUUCAACCUCAUGGUCAGAAUUGACAUCUCCUCGCCACCCUACACCUUUCUCUUUGGCCAUACCUCUGAAAGCGUAUCCUUCUUCCAGGACAUACAAGAAAAUAUGGGACGGAUGCGUUGAACCUAUAGUGAAAGAAUGGAAUCCAGAUUAUAUAAUGGUACAAUUAGGUUCAGAUGGCUUACCGAAUGAUAGAGUAGGUCAAUAUGGUAAUUGGUCAGUACACGAUCAAGGCGGAAUGAACUGGUGUAUUGAAAAAAUCAAGAAUUGGAAAAAGAAAACUUGUUUCACAGGGGGCGGGGGCUAUAAUCAUCCAAACUCAGCUAGAGCUUGGGCGACUGUUACUUCUACUCUGCUCGGACGACCGAUAAGCGCUGAAACUCCUAUACCGCACCAUGAUCAUUUCGACGAAUACGCUCAUUCUUUCACUAUGGAAGUACCAGAAGGACACAUGGAAGAUCAGAAUGAUCCAGAAUAUAUCAAAAAGGCAUGUGACGAUUUCGAAUACAUUUCAAGGAGGAUAAAGGAUAUUGUAGCUACUAGUGCACUAUGA